ACAUGUUGCACCUUUCCUGAUGGGCUGCGCCGGGUCCCGUGCCGUGACUCCCUCUUUGGGCGGAAACGGACACGCUGCGGAAGUCUCGGACGCAGACGCGGCGCCGGCAAAGACCGUUGAUCCCCCUCGGUGCCUGGCCACGGUGGGACUUGACGACCAGCUACGCUGGGCUUCGGCCCCGCCGUGGCCGUACGGCGAGUCGGGGCAAUGCCAUGCGCCGGUGGUGGUGUUGGAUGUGGGCAAAGGGAUGAAAGGCAUCAAGUCCAGUUUCUUCAAGAUCUUCCCCCGCGGGAAGUUCAUGACAGUGGCCGACUUCUGUGACGAUGCCCUGCUAGGGAAGUGCGUCGUACUCAUCCAUGGGGGCGGCGAGCAUAAGAACUACAUUGGGGACAGCGAGAAAGAGAAGCUGGCAGAACACUUGCGAAGAGGUGGCGCCAUCAUGACCAUCUCGGCUGGUGGCACUUUUUGUGGCUGCAACAAGGGAAGUCUGGGUCUCUUGCCAAUCCUGGCGCACGACCGGCAGCACUGGCAACGCGGCACUGGCAGCGUGGUGCUGAAACCGACGCCCUAUGGGGAACAGCUGCUGCCGAAGAUCAAGGAGGUGGAAUCGAAGUACUUCAAUUGCCCUGCGCUGCUCCCCGUAGCCGAAGAGCACCUGGCAGCCUUCGGCACCACUCUUCCAGGUCUACCCAUUUUGACCUAUGAGACGGAGAUGAAUGACUGUCAGUCUGCCACCAGUCUUCUGGGUCUUCCCGCCGUCCAGCUGGGCGAGCUGGGCGAGGGCCGCUUCGUGGUGAUCUCGCCCAACUUGGAGGUGAAUGCAGGCGACGUCAACAUCCGCUUGUUUCGGAGCUUGGCCGCAUGGGCCUCCGCGGGUCAUCUGAGACCGUUGGUGACGGGGGGCGAGGCGAUCCACGGACCCCGAUUCGAUGAGACCAGCAUGACAGGUACAGACCGAGACGGUGGGGAGCUCUACACUUUUCCAAUUGCUUCCGGGAAGCUUCCGGCAUUAAGCGCCGAGUGCAUUGCUGCGUUGGGCGAGGAACUCACUGAAUUCACUUUGCCCGGCAACUGCAGGCUUGUGAUCCUGGACUUGGGCAAAGGUGACGAGCUGCCGUCGAUCUUCGCGGCGCUUGUGCCCGAGGCUCAGCGUGUCAUCGUGGCACCGCAAGAGCUGGACGCCACACUGCAGCCAGGCGACGUGAUCUUCCUCCACGGUGGCAUGGCCAACGAACACGCGCAGCGGCUGGGGGUGCUCGGGCGCCGGAGGAUCCGACGGCACCUGGCCGAAGGUGGCUCGGUCAUGGGUGUGUGCGCUGGAGCACAUUGGCUCAGCUGCAGAGAUCUCCCGUUGUGGGGUCAUGCCUUGCCACUGGUGCCGCACGACAAUCAGAACUGGCGCCGUGGCAUUGGUGAUUUGAGCAUCGACUUUACCAGUGAGGGGCAAAGAAUUCUUGGACUGGAGGGUUCCGUCGAUGAUCUGCGCUAUGCCAAUGGGCCGUUGCUGGUUGCGCUGGAUUUGGAGACUUACCGCAACUACCAACCGGGGAAGAUGCCACAGCAAGAAUCUGCAGAACAGGAAGAGAUCAAUCUUCAGGCCGCAGGCCCACCUGUGCCACUGGCCGUGUUUGCCAAUUGCAGCGACGCCAAAGUCACGGAUUGGGCAACGAUGCAGGGCCAUGCUGCAAUUUGGGCGUGGCAGACAGCUCAAGGAGGAAAAGCCGUGGCCCUUUCCCCACACCCUGAGUAUCACCAGACUGAGCAGUCGCGACGACUUUUCAGGCGACUGUUGUUGUGGUGCGCAGCUGCAACAUGACUGUUGUGGGCCAGGAUUCCCCUUGGGUGUAUCAUCGGUUUCCCCAACUAAAAUCUCCAUCUUGUUUCCUGACUUUCGGACAAGUCCCAUUGGGAUGGCUAACGAAGUUGCGGUGCCUUUGCGAAAGCUGCGAGAUGCUGCGCUGGCAAAAUGGGCUGGAUGUUCGCUGCCGUGGUGAAGUGAGGCACCGAAGUGCAGUGGAUUUGUUGAGGUGAGAUUGCCA